AUAUUUUAUAGGACCGAAGGCAGCCAUUCUUAUCCCAUUAGACUUUUAAAUCUUUUGCUCUUUUUCUUUCUCUCUUCCAGUCCUCUCCCUCUAGUUUAUUUGACAGGGGCGGCGGAGAAUACCACUCUAUCAAUAACAAGAGAAAAGUUCAGUUCCUAUCUUUCUAAUCGCACAAUGAGACAAGAAGACAAUAUAAUGGAAGUGGGAGACGGUACUGAUGAAUCAAAGAAACGCAAAAGGAAGUUGGGUGCAUUAGCUGAACAUGAAUGCUGUAUGACAACACUGGAAAAGAUUUAUAAGAGAAUCAUAUUGUCUUUAGCCAAGCCAUCUUACCUUCUUGGCCUAGGCUCUGAUAAUCUGCGACCAGAAAAUCGUGCUAGAUUACGUCACCUCCUGCGGAAGUUGGUUAGGCAACAUUGCUGGACAGAGGCAAGCGGUGUGCUCAGCGUUUUGUUGAAAGGGACAUGCAAAGAAAAUCAUCCUACCAUGAACCGGUUCAAGUAUUUGGUUUCAAUGGAGUUUAUCAAGCAUCUAGAAACUGACAAUGUGAAUCUGACGUCAGUCAAUCAGAUAUAUGAUAUUUGGAUGACAAGGAUUGGAAUUAACUUAUCAAGUAAACGAAAGAGGAAUGGAUCUAUGAAGGAGGCAAAUUUUAUUGUUCGUUUGGAGUCCAUACUUUUCCGACUUAUGCAAGGGAAUAUUGAAGGUGAACGCCAGAAUGCUAGAAGCUUGAUGCAAGAAUCUGAAUUUGAGGGUCACCCAAUGUUCAAUAUGAUUGUUGGCUUGAUAUUCUCUCAACUUUGUUAUUCUAACAUCCCAGAAGACAUGAAGUGUAAGGAUUCUAAUCAAAUUCGUGGCCCCACAUACACACACAUGUCAGUUACUACUCAGUUGGACAUGUCAGCUACAGGAUUUAGAAAUGAAGUUGGGGGCUCAGAGGGCCAUAAUUCACUCUUUGACGAUGAAUCUGAAUCUUGCUUUCGCUGUACUUCAGAGACUUCUAUCAUGAAUUGUAAAGAAAUGCCUGUCAAAGUGAAUAAUGAUCUUCAGGAAGAAGUAUUACCUGUAGAGAUUGAUGUUAAUCUGCAGACAAAUGUCCCACAAGACUUCCAGCCACAGGCUUUCUAUGUGAAUUCUGCUGAAGAUGAGGUGUCUGUUGAUAACAAUGGUGAUGGCCAUAUGCAUUUCGUCCCGAAUUUGUCUGCCUUUAAGAGCGGGGAUUCAUGGUUGUUGCCUUUACGAACUGAGAAUUGGGAGUUAAAAUGGGUGAUUCAAGCUGAUGAAUAUAACCACGCAGUGAGGUACUUACAAUCAGCUGUUUACUCGACACCCCCAGUAUUCGCAGCCCUGAUUCCCUUGAUACAGUUACUAUUGAUUGGACGCAAGUAUAGGGAGGCCCUUGAUGAACUUGAGAAGUUUUGUGGCAAUCUAAAUGCAGCACUUCCUAUUAGAUUGAGGGCUCACCUUUUGGAGCUUGUUGAUCCUAAGAAUACUGUUGUAAUUUCAUCUUGUUUUGAGGACACUUUAAAGACUGAUCCUACAUGUCGCAUGUCCCUGGAUAAGCUUAUCAGCCUGCAUCAGAAAGGAAAUUAUAGCCCUGAAUCCCUUUUGGAAAUGAUAGCCUUGCAUUUAGAGGCUGUCUUUGGGGAAUACAAGAUAUGGAAAGAGUUUGCUUUAUGUUUCCUGCAAGUCUCUCAAUAUGAAGAGGAUUGUAUGUCAGCAUGUCUGUAUGGAGAUGAAGGUAAAAAGAUUCAAGGUUAUUCUGUUCGUUACAACAGGAUCCCCAAAUUGUUUAUAUGUGGGAGAUCAGGAAUCAAUUGGAGGUUUCGGUGCCGAUGGUGGCUGACUCGUCAUUUUAGCAAGAAGCUUCUUGUCUCGGAAAUUGCUGCAGGUAAUUUGGAAUUCCUGGCGUACAAAGCAGCAUGCGCAGCGCACAUGUACGGGACAGAGUUUGAUUACUUUGUAAAGGCUUAUACUUUCUUAGAGAAAGAAAAUAACAGGAGUUUGUUUAUGUUCUUGCAACUGCACAUGCAAAAUCACAUAGGAAUUAAUCUAUACUAUCAACGGAGAACAAACUAAUAUUAUUUCUAUUUUCUCUUUACAAGCAAUACAAGCUGUGCUCUUUCUUUUUGGUA